AAUGGGGCGUGUCUGUGUGGGCGUGGUCUGCGUGCACCACACGUUUCCUGGUGCGGAGGAAGCGGCGGGGAGGUCGAUUAGCUUCGGGCAGCUAACGGCAGCUUCAUUUCACGGGCAGUUUUUCAGAGUCUGAUGAGGUCUUGGAGAGGUCCUAUGAUGUGUUACUAAAGCUCAACAUGUACUACUACUUCUGCUGCUCUACCCAAAGUUUAGUUAAUUAGGACACUUUUAGGAGGACGGACUUGAAUCGGGAUUGUCCCUCAACACUCUUUUGUGGAACCCUGUAUCUCCUCGAAGAUCCGCAGGUCCGUUCAGUUUGUGCAAGGCCGGUUUGAGCUAUGGCGGACGGGAGGAUCUAUGUGGGGAACCUUCCCAUGGACGUGCAGGAGAGGGACAUUGAGGAUCUCUUCUUCAAAUAUGGAAAAAUUCGGGAUAUCGAGCUGAAGAACAACCGAGGCACCAUCCCCUUUGCCUUUGUUCGUUUUGAGGACCCACGGGAUGCGGAGGAUGCUGUCUAUGGAAGGAAUGGAUAUGGAUUUGGAGACUGUAAGCUGCGUGUGGAAUAUCCUCGUUCCUCAGGAUCCAAAUUUGGUGGAUCUGUCGGUGGAGGAGGAGGACCAAGGGGAAGAUUUGGACCUCCAUCUCGCCGAUCUGAGUUCCGGGUUAUAGUGACUGGUCUUCCUCCUACUGGCAGCUGGCAGGACCUGAAAGAUCACAUGCGGGAAGCAGGAGAUGUGUGCUUUGCUGAUGUUCAGAGGGACGGCGAGGGAGUGGUUGAAUUCCUUCGACGGGAAGACAUGGAAUAUGCUCUGCGUCGGCUGGACGGGACAGAGUUCAGAUCCCACCAGGGAGAGACUGCCUACAUCAGAGUUCUGGAGGAGAGGGGAACAAGCUGGGGUCGUUCGCGUUCCAGGUCCAGGUCUCGUGGGCGUUAUUCACCCCCCUAUCAGAGCAGAGGGUCCCCGCCUCGUUACCGCUCCCCUCCACGCCAUAUGUCUCGUCAUAGCCCCCCUCCUCGACGAGCACCACCCCAGCACCACAGCCCGCCCCCACGCCACUAUCGGUAAAGAGCCAAGAAACGCCAGAGCUGGUCAAGUCACCCCACCCCCACGAAUCAUUUCCUACCUUUUUAAUUUUCUUUUUGCUUUGUUUCUUACCUUCUGUAAUUUACAUUCCGUCACUAAAACACCCCAAAGGCCUUCAAAGUGCAGAAACGGUCUCAACAAAAUUAUUCCUCUAGCUGGAUAACUGGCAGCUGCCAGACAGAGAGUGAACGAAUGUGAUGGAGCAGGUGUCCUAAAACGUCACUCCGGAUUCUCCUGUGAAAGUGUGAACACUUCUUCAACUUUGUGGCAUUUAGAAUAGUCAUCAUGCUUUUGACUUUUGUCCAUCUUCAGUGGUUUUAGUGAAACACACCUGUUGUUGGGACAGGAUUUGCAGUCAUUUGAUCAAUCUUCAAAAUCUGUAGAUUAUGUUUUUUUUGUUUGUUUUAAAUGAAAGGAUGAACUUUUUUAAUUGUUUUUUUUUUUUUUUUGCAUUGUUUUUGCUGUGUUUCCCCCACUCCUUUUGUAUCACGUAAUGGAAGUAUGCAAAGUGCUUUUUUUUUUUUCUUUUUUCAAAUAAAGCAUUGAGUCAUGAAAUUGUUCUCCCAAA